AUGUCAGGAAAUGCUGGUGCCAAUUCUCAGUGGUGCACUGUUUGCAAUUGUCCCUUGCAGGAGAGAAAUACUUGCUAUCAUCUAUGGACCAAGAGAAAUGUAGGCGAGAUGCGGAAAUAUGCCUACACUUGGCAAGACGCUACUACAACCAAAGAGAGAGAAGAGAUUUUCAAUAUCCACAGAGUAAGGUGGUCUGAACUCUGGAGACUGCCAUAUUGGGAUCUGACUCACAUGCUGGUGAUUGAUAGUAUGCAUUGCAUUCUCUUAGGCCUUGUUUGCUAUCAUUGCCGUUAUGUUCUAGGGAUUGAUGCCAAAAAGGCGGAGUUUCAGAGCCGCCCUCCUCCAGCUUUUCUCCAUGACUGGGUACUCCCUCACAAGGAUGUUCCAGAGCCUUACUGUGUCUUGCUUGAUCAUGAGUGUAAACAAGUCACAGCAAUUCACAAGUUAUUGAUGACGCCUCUCAAAGGGGAGGGAUCGAUCACUGAAGCUCAACUCUCAAAACAGCUUCUUUCCAAGAAUGCACAACCACUGAAAUUUGUUGGCUACACUCUUGGUACCCUGAAAUACACCAUCCACGUUCAUGAAAAAGCCAAAGAAGUUGUUGCCAAAGCCAAGAGUCAACUGGUAGCCUUGCUGGUCGAAUGGGUAACUAUUUUUUUUUUUGUUGCUUCUUUUAUUCAGGCUGAUCAUGAUUUGUUUUCUCAGCGAAAGAAGAAGGACUUAUCAGCCAAUCAUGAUAGCACCAUCAUAAAUCUUGUGUCUCUAUGCCAUAUUCAAACUGUUAUUAAGGAGACCACAACCCCUAGCUGGAUCAAUUCUGUGCCUGCGAAUUACGGUGAAGCAUCGGCUGGAAGCCUCAAAGCUGACGAAUGGCGUAUUCUGAGUACAGUCUAUCUUCCCAUAGCUCUGGUUACCCUUUGGGGUGAUAACAACAGACAAGACCCAGGAGAAAAUUCUCGCUCUCUCCAGGUCUUGAAUCAUACCAUGGCAUUGUUCCAAGCCGUUGGUGUGGUUUGUCGCUACUCAAUGAAUUCACAACGAGCGGAAACAUAUUGCAAGCUGAUAAAAGAGUGGGUUGAUGGAUUGCUGGACAUACAUCCUCACACAUGGCUACACCACACAUGA